GAGUUUCCAUGAGCUCACAGGGUGAUUAAUACCCAGGGAGUAGAUGGCUGAUCACUCUGCCCUAUGUCCUGGGCUAACCUCUCCCCCUGGCAUUGACAAGCCCUGCUCUCCUGGUCCCCUUCACACUUUCUUGUGUCCAGCCCAAGAGCCGGUAUACACUCACCUGAGUGGCACAGGGAGGAGGCUUCUUCUUUUCCCUUGGAAAGACCAGGAGCUGAGAAGCAGAAGAAAAUCUACCUGAAGAUCUAGGAGGAGGACUUGGGAAAAGGCAGGUAGCACCCACAAUCUUGGUUUAGAGCCUCGCCUUGCAAAUGAGAUCAUGACAGAAAUGAUGAGGGGCUGUGAGGGUCCCGAGACACCCACUGAGGCUUGUGCUCCGUGCCAGACUUCAGCAGAGAAUCUGGAGUGCUGUAAUCAAGCCAUACCUGAUGGAACGGGUACAAGCUCUGAUCAAGAAAUGCAGUGGAUCUCGGCCAGGAGUGACAGCCCCCUCAGAGCACCUUCUUUAAAUAAUCAGGUUUUCCUAAGUCCUCCACAGGGUCUGGGCGCCGAUCCCUUCAGGGCUGUUCCCUUGGAGCCGUGUGAAGGCUUUUCUGGAGAGCCGUGUGAUGAGAUGUGCCGGGAACCCGGUGAGCUACCGUGUGAGGAGAUGUGUGGCCGAAGGCCCUUGGACAAGGCGAGGUGUAGGGAGUUGCUGGAUGAGGAACUGCGUGACGACACAUGCAGGGGAUCCAGCCAGAGUCUUUAUGAAGAUCCCUAUGAAGAGUCAGAGCUAGAGAGCCCAACCGGCCGGAAGACACGCCUGCCAUCCAUCAUAGUGGAACCCAUUGAAGUGGGCGAUGUAGAAAGUGGGGAACUACGGUGGCCCCCAGAGGAUCUCUCCUUGCUUGAGGAACCUGAACAAGAUGAGCUCUUUGCGGAAGGUGAGGAGACGCCAGGGACUGGGCUGUCCUCUUUCGAAAGCGACUUGGAGGAGGUGCUUCUGUAAGACCGUCUGAGGAGUUCAUGGGAUGGAUGGAGACUGAGAAGAGUGUGAAGUGGGGGGCGCUGGGGCAAAAAAAAUACUUCUGUGAUUCCAGACAUUUCCUUGAACUCUGAAACAGAAGACAGAGCUCCUGGGCUUUGCUUUGGAAGAAGGGGAUGACCCAGGCAAGAAGAAAUGGCAGCCAGCAGAGUGGGUUCCAGCAAGAUUGUAGUAACUUUAUUUUGUAUUGUCGAAGGCUUUCAUGGCCAGAAUCACUAGAAUGUUGUGGGUUUUCCAGGUUGUAUUGCUGUGUUCCAGUAGUAUUUUCUCCUGACGUUUCGCCUGCAUCAUGGCACAGCACAGGAGUCAUUCUAGUAACUUUAUUUUGGCUACUGAGAUGGAGGUGUUCAAGAUGGAGGCCAUGCCUCCCACAAGACCUAUACUCUUUCCCUCCAGAUCUUUUUCCCACAGGGACUUUGGCUUCACCUUCUUGCCCCAGUUGAACCAAAGCCAAUAUAUACGUAACUCUGUUUUUUUAUGAUUCCCUGUUGCUACUACCUCUAGCAUCAAAAUUAGACAGCUGUGUGGUGAGGGAGACCAGGAUCAAACCCCUGUUCUCACCCUGUGUUAGCUGACCUCGGCCUAACCUACCUCACAUAGUUGUUCUGAGGGAAAAUGGAGUAGGGACAGUAUCCUGAGCUGCUUGAAGGAAGGGCAGGGUAAAAUGCAAUAGACAGACAGAUUGUAAACUCCUCAGGGCAGGGACCUUAACAAAAUGGCCUAAAGCUACUCUGUAAGCCCCCUCCUUCCCCCCGGCUGGUAAUGAUGUACAGUGAAAAUAAAAUUUCCUCCCUUGUA